GGCUCGGCUCGUGGUCACUCGCGGACCUUAUUCCGCGUCGCUCUCCCCUUCUUCCCGGCAUUCCUGCUUCCGCUUUCUCACGGCUCCGAGGCUUUUCCACCUCUGAGGCGUUUCGCGCCCAGGGGUUCAGUGACGUCAUCUGUCUGCGCUGCGCGGACACCCGCCCGUGGAAGAAGGAACAGCUUCGCCGCCCUUCGCCUCUUUUGUUGGGCUGCCGCUCCUCCGGAAUCAUGGCGCCGUCGCUAUGGAAAGGGCUGGUGGGCGUCGGCCUCUUUGCCCUAGCCCACGCGGCCUUUUCCGCGGCUCAGCAUCGUUCUUAUAUGCGAUUAACAGAAAAGGAAGAUGAAUCACUGCCAAUAGAUAUAGUUCUUCAGACACUUCUGGCCUUUGCAGUUACCUGUUAUGGUAUAGUUCAUAUUGCAGGGGAGUUUAAAGACAUGGAUGCCACUUCAGAACUAAAAAAUAAGACAUUUGACACAUUAAGGAAUCACCCAUCAUUUUAUGUAUUUAAUCAUCGUGGUCGAGUGCUGUUCCGGCCUUCGGAUACAACAAACUCCUCAAAUCAAGAUGCAUUGUCCUCUAAUACAUCGUUGAAGUUACGAAAACUUGAAUCACUGCGUCGUUAAGAUUUUUACAAAUUAUAAUAACAGGACAGGACACAGAGCUGGAAUAUUGGAGUUUGGGGUAUAAAACACUCCCCCCAUCAUCAGUAUUUAUAUUAUAUUGAUUUUUCAGACAUAAUUAAAAAGAGUCUAUGGCCCUUGUUUGUACACUGUUAUCAAAUCAUUAAUGGAGUGUAAGUUAUCUGUGAAAUGAGUCUUUGAUCUUUCAUAGAAUUCUUUUUUCCAUUUAAAAGAAAUCCAUAUCUUUUGUAAAAGUCACUGUUUUGAACACAUUUCUUUGAAAAAUGUUGAUGAUUUUGUAACUAUUUAUUUUCUUAGGUUUCUUUUCUUUUGCACUUGAGUUUUGGGAUCCUUUUGGCAAUAAUGUGACUACUGCAUUUUGCAGCAUGAAUGAUAGCAAACAGGUCUUCGGUUCUUAACAGCAAAUAGACUUCUCUCAAGAGACCAAAAUGGUGACUUCUCAGUUUUUCUUAUGCCCCCCAAACAGUGGCUCUGCCUCAGCAGACACAUGCCAGUUUUUAAUUUCUCACGACUUCUCACCCCGCCCUGCUCCCGUGCACCUUCCCACGUCAGCUGUGUUGUGCCAUCACUUCUCUGGGGCUCUGUGUGCAGUGAGCGAUUCUUGUGUCCGAAAUUCUUUGUCAUAAAUAGGUUUAACAAAUUCAACUUGCCGUAAAGCUACUUGUGUUCUCUUCAUCUAUAUGUCAGAAAUUUCCCUAACCGAUUACGUAGCUUAAGGAUAGUUGCAGAUAGACCAAAAUGACCAUUCAUGAUUUCAUCUAUUAUCCUGCCUGUGUAGAAGAAUAGCAGUCACGGAGGAAAACCGCUGACUUGCCAUUAGCCAGUUUAACUUAUUCAAAGACUCAACUAGCGAAUUAGUAAAAGUAGAGGAAAGUUCUCAUCGUUCUCACUCAAGGUCGAGUUCAAAGGCCUCCGGACAAAUAUAUUUUAAAUAUUUGGAACUAAUCUCUUUAAUUAAAAACAAUUAGGGUCAUUUAAGAAAUUGUUUUAUAGCUUCAGAUCUGUAGCAGGCUUAGAGUUUUCCAUCUUUGUUGUAUGCUGCUGAAGGUGAGGAUGAAGGUACAGAGCAGACUUUUUUUUUUUUUUUUUUUUUUUUUAGAAACAGUACUUUUAGGUCUAGGGAAAUUUGGCUGGCUCUUUGAUCUGCAGGGAGCGUAACAUUUUUUUGUAGAGAAGGUGGCUUUUGUUGAACUGUAACUGUACAGGUAUGAAAACAUUGCUUUUGUUGAGUUGUAUAGGUGCAAAGGGAAUAACUGUGCAGAUUUGAAAAGGAAAUAUGAUUUCCAGGUGCCCUGGUGCCUGAUGGCAUCUCUCCCAUUAGAAACGAACCUCAGCUCUUCUCUUCUGUCUGGUAACACACAGCCCCAAAGCACGAGAUUGUUUUGUCAUUGAGUUUUUAUUGUUGUUUAGUUUUGUUUGGCCAAGCCAGUCUGUCUGUGGAACACGGACUCUGCUCUCUAAGGAGAACAAAGUUAGAAAUCUGCUGAUGGCCUAGAAUCAUUCAGAAAUGAGUUAACAGUGGAAUUCAGGGGUUAAUGCGGCAAUAAUUAAAUCAAAAUAGCGUAGGAGAAGCCAGCUCCUUAUAUCAGGCUUGUCUACCAUUUCCUCAGGUAUGACUUGAUUUGCAAGAGUCUCGCCUCUUCUCUUUGGGGGCUGUCUUCCUUUUUUAAUAUUCACUUACCUUCAAGUCUGCCAUUUCAAGGCUACAGCUCAGUGGUUUUGUAAUAUAGUCACAAAGUUGUACGACCACUACCACAGUGAAUUUUAGAACAUUUCUGUCACCCCCAAAAGAAACCCUGUGUGCUUUGGCAGGCCCCUCUCAUACCCCACCCCGCCUCCCGGGGCCUCCUGGCCCCGGGCAAUCACUAAUCUGUUUUCUGCCUCUAUAGAUUUGCCUAUUCUGGUCAUUUAAUAUGAGUGGAUUCGUACAAUGUCUGGUCUUUAGUGACUGGCUUCCCAAGUAUAGUUUUGUUGUACAUGGAGUGAGAGCUUCUCCUCCCGAGAACUGUGAUUUCUGUGGAAGGAAGCAGUUGGUAAACUCAGCGGAUGUGACUAGAGGCCCAGACACUUAAUCAUGUGUGUGUUUUGUUUUGUUUUUUUUAGCCAGUUUUAGGCUAACUAGUUUUUCCUCGUAAUCAAUCACUCAUGAUAUACCACUGUUUACAAGAUUUUGGCUAGUCUCUAGAAUGGAUAUUGAAAUCUUUGCCCAGUCAGGAAAGUCCUGGUAAAAAUCAUGUCUAAUUAUUUGGCAGACAAUUGACAGAGUUUUCAGGUGCGUCUAACUUUGUUGGCAGGUGUGUAUACCUCAAGCCAGAUGAGCUUCCCAAAUUUCUUCUUCACUUUUCCUCCGAUGAAUUUGUUUUCUUUCUCAAGUAUGUACCAUAGGACUAAAGAUGAUUUGGAUGCAUCGUAACAGUGCUAAGUGGAUUAAAUUCAGAAUUAUAAUGCUUUGAGACUGUCCGUCACUACCUAGGGUAGUCCAAAAACGAAGCGACGUCAGCUAGUUAAGCCUGCAGGUGACUGCCAUUUUAGGGACGUUCAGAAGCGCGCACUCAAUAUGGAAGGCUCUCUAGAAUAUUAGCAAGACACUUCUCAAUAACCCAGGGAACCAGCCAAAUGCUAUGGGCCGAUGUCCCAGCCACAGAAAAUGCAGGUCGGCGGAUUGGAGACCAUGACGCUCUGUAACUCCCUAAUGAUUGCUCCCUAGGCUCUGUGGCUUAUUUUUGAGUGGCAUGACCGCAUCUCCCUGGUUGUAUGUGGCCUGUUUCCAUGAUGUAUUGAGUAGUGUUGUUUGUUGUUGAACAUCAAUGCCUGUAACACCAAGCUAAACACCUUCUUUUGGAUAUGUUUCCUCUCUUUAAAUGACCUUGCCCUGUCCAAUAAAUAAAUGAUUGUCUCACCCUG